AUGGCCAGCUCCGUCACCUUCCGUCCGCGCACAGCUCGUGCACGUGGCUAUCGGCGACCAGCGCUGGAGCACACCGGCGUACGGAGACAGCUGCUCGCCGCCGACAAGCUCGUCCACUCCGCCCGGGGGCUUCUCUCCGCGUCAGCCCCGACUGGAUCCAUGGGCUCAAGAGUACGUGCCGCCUUACCUGUUUGUCUGCUCGGCUGCUCCUUCCCCCAAAUUAAUUUGGGCAAAUUUUGUUCGAUGCUGAAACGAAGAUUGAUGCAUCCUACAGGCACCAUGCUGCAAGUGGCGAGCAACUACAGGGCUCUGUUCGAGGAGAUGGCCGCCGGGGACGAGAACCUCAGCCUGGCCAUGGUCCCGUGGGCGCCCGCCAAGGUCCAUGCCCAUGCCGCCUCCAGCUCCACAUCGGCGGGCGCGGAAAUGAUGGACGCUGAUCAGGACGGAGACGGCGCAUCCAUGGAGAUCGAGCACGGCGUGGAGGGCCAGACCACGCCCCCAAUGGUCGGUGCGCUGCAGGGGGAGGCGUUCCACCACCAUUACCAGCAGCAGCACCAGUGGCCGGCGCCGCACUGUGUUGCGUCGCCGCAGCUGCAGCUCCCAGCUGCGAGCUACCAGCCAAGCCCUGUCACGUGGUCGUGGUGA